AUGGCAACGCCCAAAGUUCUGAUACCAAUGGCAGAUUAUGGACAUGACCCUACUGAGACUGCAAUCCCAUAUACCGCAUUUAAGAAGGCAGGCUUCGAAGUCCAAUUUGCAACAGAGAAUGGCACAGUCCCCGAAUGCGACAAGAAGAUGUUGACCGGCAUUACCCAAAAACUAUUGGGUGCUACCAAAGACGCAAUAGAUGCUUAUAAACAAAUGACAACAACUCCCGAGUUCCUCAAUCCCAUCUCCUGGUCCUCCUCCGAUUUCAACCUCGACUCCUACAACCUCGUCUUCCUUCCUGGUGGACACGAGAAAGGUGUACGACAACUCAUAGAUUCUCCUAUAAUUCAUAAACAUCUGGCAUCCUAUUUUCCAGAUACAAUCAAGCCUAGCAUGAAGACUGUAGCUGCUGUAUGCCACGGAGUGAUGGUAUUGUCAGAGACUAUAGGUGCGGACGGGAAAAGCAUAAUACACGAAUGCGACACGACAGCUUUACCUGCGAAGUUCGAGCAGGUAGCAUUUUGGGGCACAAGAGCAUUCCUGGGAGACUACUAUAAAACAUACGGUGCUGGAAGUGACGAUGUUGAGACUUCAGUGAGAAAGCGACUCGAUGAUCCGGCAAAGCAAUACAAAAACAGCUUGGGAACUAGCCCAUUCGUUGUGGAAGAUGGCACAUAUAACUAUGUCAGCGCAAGAUUUCCUCCCGAUGCACAACUACUUGCGGAGAAAACAAUUGCAUUGGUCCAGAGCUCGAUGGUAUAA